AUGUAUAUGCCAGCCCGUGUGCCAGUUGCCAAUAAUCCCCCUGUACAUGUAGGCGCACGUGGUGGCUUAGCUCAUGAUAAUGACGGGGAUGAUGAAGGAGAGAAUGAGCAAGCAAAUGAUGAUGAGGACAUAGAAGAUGCUGAACAAGUUUAUGAACAGGAAGAUUUCAAUCCUCAGAGAGAGAAUGAUGUUGACCUAGAAGUUCUACUUACAAUGUCAGGAGAUCUUGACAAACUUGGCAUAUCAUUUGGUUUGAGGCGGAAAUUGUCCGUGGCAAUUGGAAAGUCACAACAGCAGCCAGAGAGUACCUCAGACGAAAUCAUUGUACAUGCACAUGAUAAUUCAGCGAAGGAUAAUUCAGCGAAGAAUGAUUCAUCAGUAUCUGAUGGCCCAGUGCCCAAGAAGUUGAAAACUGUGAUGAAUCUCAAAGAAGUGCUAACAAAUUCAUCCGAAGGUCUAGAUCUUUUGAAGCAUCUUGAGAGUGGUUCUGUACUCAAUACUAAGCAGACGAAGACGUUAGUAAAGAUAGCGGUGGGACAUCUUAUUGACCUACAUGGAUUGUGGCCAACAGCUAAACAGAAGACGUUAUUAGCUAAGGAAAUAGUGCAGACAUGGCCUGUAACCAAAGAUACCACACCGGGAAUUGAAGGGCAUGAACAUUUCUUCUUGCCUGAUGGCUCUGGCUUUAUCCAGUUUAGGUUAAAAAAUGUAAGGGCAUCGCAAAGUGAGAGAAUUAAGCUACCGAGAAAAAUGGAACCUGAGAAAGAAACUAAUGAAGCUGUAGCAGAUAAAGCAGAUGAAGUAGCCACUGGCCAACAGCUGCAGAAUAUUCAGGAAAAGAUUGACUGGAUGAAGUUUUCUCCUCCCCACCGUUCCAACAUGGCCAUGCAUACGCAAUACUUUCAAGAUACACACAAGUACCGGCGACAGCUGGUGAUGGAUUGUAAUAAUCCUGUCUCCAUAACAGACAUGGUGACUACAUUUCCCAGAUACCAGGACAUUCCACAUUUGAUUGGCAUCGAUUUUGCGUUACUACAUGAAGAUGCAGCCGACAAACUGCUGUCAAAGUGGUCAACCUUGAGGGAGAAGAUCAUAUUGCAGGGCCAUCAGGAAUCUGAAAGCAUCAAGGAAGUAGUGAAACGCUACGAAGAUACAAACAGAGAUCUUUGUGCACUACUAACUGUGCUCUACACACUGCAUCGGCCGGUGCCAAAGUCGAAGGGCGUAAACUGUAGCAGAUCUGCAGCAGUACACUACCUUGUACAGCAAGUGCCAGAAGGAACAAGCAUCAAAGAAGCCAUCAAUCAUAUCAAGCAGACAUACAGGCAGCCCCUCAUAGUGGCCAUCGGGAAGGAGACAGGACAGCAGCAAUACUUCCUGUGCCUCGACAGUCUGCCUUUCAGUGCUGGACAGACGAUCGUAGAAGCGUUCGACAAGCUAUUCAAGAGUUUCUUCGUCUUUAAUGUACAUUAUCCGGACAUCCUCUCACAUUUCUAUGAUUUCUUUGCGGCUUUUGUCUACGAAAUUUGGCCCACCCAUAAGGUGAAGCCUAUGGUGCGUUCCUUCGCAUGUUCUAUCAAAUCUACAUAACUUAUACUUUGUCAACCAUUUCUCUUUCCCAUGCUCCCAACUUAAUUCCUGAUAGAAGGAGUGGGCUAUAAAUGGGUGAUUUUUUGUUUUACCCUGGUAACAGUUUUUUUCUGUUCCAUAUAUCCUACCUCAACAUAAAAUGACAAAAUUUUUGACCACAAAAAAGUGUGCAGGGCAAAAAUCCAAGAUGGCCGCCGUUUUCCUGAAAAAUCACAUUUUCAGCCAUAAUUUUGCCAUUUUGGGAUCUUUUUAGCUGGUUUUGGUGUCUAAUCCUAUAUAUUGGAGGGAGAGCAAUCUGUUUAUGCUACAAGAAGUAGUAUCAACCCUUCACCUGUAUAAAUAACCCUCUAUAUCCCUGCUUUGGGGGCUAAAUUAGCCCCGCCCCUCUUGACAUUUUUCUUGAUAAUCUGUCAAUGCAAAAAUAUUUCGGACAAAAAUAUUCUGGACUUUUUCAAUUGACAUUUCACACCCAUUUUAAGACCCUAUUUGCGAAAAUUGGGGGUAA